AUGAGCUCGCCUUACAACUUCAACGGCCAGCAGGCCUCUCGCCAUCGUCCGGGAGCACAGUAUGUUCACCCGCGCAGAGAAAGCAACGAUGAAACUCUUGUAGCACCCCUCGCACCAGAUCCGUUAAGCGUGGUUCCUCGUUCCCACCCGUCUAUGCAAUCUCGACCAUACGAGUAUGCAGGCGAUCCCUCCCGGGGCGGUUAUCCUUAUACUAGUCCCUCGCCUUAUUCCAGCCUACCAGCCGUUCCCGCAUCAGCUCAGCAACCAUACUCUUCACAGCCAAGGCCUUCUACCAUUAAUCCGGGAAAUUACACUUGGGCACCUGGUCAACAUGCUGGCCCGGGCCAGUCUGGUAUUCCAAAUGAAAAUCAUGCAUCGCGAACGGCUCCUAGGACUGGUUUGGGAAGUGGCCAGGGAUACUCUUCCCCAUCGAUUCCACAAACUCCAGGAUUCGAGCAUAUAUGGAGAGGUUCGGGAAACCUGACCACUGGCCCGCCAACCACGCACUCCCCAACCAUCCCUGGCCCCCAAAGAGUCAUCUCGGCAGCCAGCUCCAACAGCAUUAUACCAUUGGACCCGCGCUACGUGGUGCAAAAGAACCCCAAGAGCUUCUUUACAGUUGGACGGGUAUUUUCUAUUCUGUGGCACGAAAAUGAAGGUUCAACUGGACGAGGCACCCAAAGUCACAUCAGCGAAGGGCCUGUGUUUUUCGGUAGAUUCAACGAGCGAAUCCACAGCGGAAUUCGGCGUAUGGUGGUUGUUAAAGCACUAGAUCAAUGUGCUUGGUGCUUUCCUGUGAGUACCUACUCCCGAAAGGGAGUAGCUAAACCAGGUGUCGAUCCGUCCAAGCAUGCAGUUAUUUAUAUGGAAGGCACGUAUCCCAAGGUUGACCCUGCCGAACGGGGUAUAACCAAAGAGCCCAUAGAGGUAACACCCGCUUCGCCUGACCAAAAGCUGGAUUAUAUGUCACGAUUAAAUUUUGGUAAAAUCUACACGGUUGAGCACAAUGUUAAAGUGCUUCAUGUGGGUAAGAUUACCGAUAGGACACUGCCCCGAUUUCUCAAUUAUGCGACAAACGAACUUAGGUUUUGA